UUUUAGCUUGGCAAGCUUUGACCUACCACACUCUAAACCUUUGCGUAACUCGAGCUCACCACAAAAAAAAAAGGUUUACGCUCUUUCUUUAAUUUUUUUUGCGGCUGCUUUCCCUCUUUCCUCUGCUGCUCUUUUCUCUGUUCCAUACUACUUUUUCAUUCCACCGACCGAAACAAGCACAUACACACCCGCCAAAGAAGGGCCCUUUCCUUUACAUUCUCGGAUCUUCUUUUCUUCUUUUGGGGAAGAGGAAACCUACACUUUUUCAUAAUGCUGCAUCAUUCAAAAGAUAAAGUCAAACCUCCACGCAACUUACGAUCCGCUCGACGUUCCCUUGUCAAAAACAAGAUUUCAACCCCUCUCAGCUUCCCCACGACCUUCCAUUCUUCCAUAACUGCACCGAAAAAGAUCAUCAAGGCCCUCUACGAUUAUCAGGCACAGGGUCCACAUGAGCUUUCUUUCAAACAAGGCGACUUUUUUCACGUUACUGCUCGAGAAAACGACGACCAGUGGUUUGAGGCAUGCAAUCCAGCAACGAAUUUAAAGGGUAUCGUCCCUGUCAGCUAUUUUCAGGUCUUGGACAAAUCCGAACGGAAUUUGACAGUCGCUCAACCACAGCAACCACAAAAAGCCGAUUCGGGAUUCAUUGACCAUGAAUCACCACUUGCUAACGAAGCUGUGAAUAUUCAACCUGGCGCGAAAAAGAUGCAACCAUUGUACGGUGUUGUGUUAUAUGACUUUCAAGCAGAACGAUCCGACGAAUUGGACGCAAAAGCGGGCGAACCGAUCAUUGUGAUUGCCCAAUCGAAUCAAGAAUGGUUUGUUGCAAAACCCAUUGGCCGUCUAGGCGGACCUGGCCUGAUUCCGGUAUCCUUUGUCGAAGUACGAGACGCAGUUACAGGAAAACCCAUCACCAAUGUCGCUGACAUGAUGCAUAACACAUCAACACCGAUACCGCGCGUGGAAGAAUGGAAGAAAAUGACACAAGGAUACGAAGCAUCUAGCAUUUCUUUGGGAUCCAUCGAAAAACAACAAAUGUUACGGUCCGGAUUUAGCGAAUCGCCUUCUUCAUCCAUCUCUUCUGCAACUUCGGAUCGACUUGUGAGAUCACAACAGAACGGAUACGAUAAUCAUCAUCAUCAUGCUGGUCACAAUAACAACAACAAUGCAACAACAACGGAUGCGGAUGCUAUUUUGGAUAGUUAUGGCAUGCAACAUUUGGCGCAAGCAUCUACAUUGGAUCCAGCUACUGAUAGAUUAUCAUCAUCGUAUGCAAAUGGACCAUCACCACGCGAAAGUCGCAGUACACGUACAGACCGUCCCAUGGUCGAGGCGGCCAACAUCGAUUCAUACAUCUUGGAAGGCGAUCAAUACUGGUUUAUUGUAUACGCACGAUUAACGAACGGACGGCAUCGGGUACUAUACCGCUUAUAUGAAGAUUUUUACGAUUUCCAGAUCAGCCUUCUUUCGGAGUAUCCGUUGGAAGCUGGAAAAGCUGAUCGAGAACGGAUAUUACCAUACAUGCCUGGUCCUCUAACUGAUGUGGAUGAAGAAAUUACUGCUGAACGACAGCGAGACCUUGACAAAUACUGUCGCGAAUUGCUAAGCUUGCCUCGAUACUUGGCUGAAAGCCCUAUUGUUCAGAGUCAACUCUUUGGUAUACAUGAAGGUGACAUAGAAACGGACUGUGAUCCUCGAACCGGAACAAAUCAACCUGUGGAAGGAGAAGAAACAACAACAACAACACCAGUACCGGUAGCAAUGGCCUCGACCUCUCCUGCCAUGACACCAACAACGACACACAGCGGGAUGGGUGUCUCUGCUACAUCUGCUAGUGCUGGUGCUGGUGCUGGUACCAGUGCUACAAAAAGCACAGUCAAACUCAAGAUAGUACACAAGGACGAUAUUUUUGCCAUCAAAGUACCGACAGACAUUACAUUGGAUCAAUUGUGUGCCAAAGUACAUGACCGGCUUGGAUUUGAUGUGUCCUUGAGAUACAAGGAUGAGGCAACAGGGGAUAGUCUUCCAUUAGAGGAUGAAUUAGAUAUGGAAGAGGCGUUUGCUUCGGCUAUCAAGUUGGGCAAGUUGACGGUUUAUGCACAGCGAAUAUAGCACGACGAAUGACGAACAAUGACAAGGACAACCUAAAAAAAAGCACUCCUCUAUCUUCCUUCACCUCGUACCAACCCCUCCUCCUGUUCCUUCUUUUUCUUCAUUCACUACCAAUCAAUAGCACCACCCUCAUUUACUAGCCCUCGUACCUCCCCUUCUUUCUUCUUCUUUUCCCAUGUGAAUGACAGACGACGAUAAUACAUGUCUGUGUUUGUUGUCUACCUUUUGUAUGAGAUAGUACAAUUUGUAAACGAAAUCCAUUACUACUAAUUAUAUAAGUAAAUAUAUAUAUAAAUAUAUAUGAUAUAUCAUAUAAACAUAU